CCACCCUCCUCCCAGCUUGCCAGCUUGAUCCAUCCAUCUGUUCAUCUAUCCAUUCAUCCAUACGCCUUAUCCACACUCAUUCACCCACCCACUCACCCAUCCAUAUAUAUAUAUAUACACAUACACACACACACCCAUCUACCCACUCAUCACAUUCCCACCUAUCUGUCUAUCCAUCUAUCAGUCCACCCACUCACCCACACACCCACCCAUUCACCCAUCCAUUCAUCCACACACACACACACACACCCAGCUACACACUCAUCCACAUACCCACCCACUCACCUAUCCAGACACCCAUCCAUUCACCCAUUCAUUCAUCCAUCCAUACACUCCCCCCACACACAUCUACCCACUCACUCCAUUCCCACCCAUUCACCUAUCCAUCCGUCCUUCCAUCUAGCUAUCCAUCCACCUACACAUCCACACAUUCACCCACAUACCCAUCCUUCCCUAUCCUUCCAUCCAUCCAUCCAUCCAUACAUCCAUCCAUCCACCCAUUUAUCCAUCCUUCCUUCCAUCUAUCCAUCCAUCCAUCCGCCCAUUUAUCCAUCCUUCCUUCCAUCUAUCCAUCCAGCCAGCCAGCCAGCCAGCCAGCCAUUCGUCAUCCAUACAUCCAUCCAUUCUCCCAUUUAUCCAUCAUCCAUCCAUCCAUCCACCCACCCACCCAUCCAUCCACCCAACCCCCACCCAUCCAUCCAUCUGUCCAUCCAUUGA